AUGGCGGCGUCCACGUUGCGCUGGUUCUGUCCUGGAAGGCGUUUUGCUUUCGCCCGGGUUGGCUGCGGUUCUUACCACAGAAGAGGGCCUCCGACUGGGUCCACGUCCAACGGGAAAAAGGGGCAGAGCUCAGUGGCUCAGCAGCCCCACAUCACAGCCCAGAAGCCAAUAAAAGGUGAAUGUGAAUGGGCAGCUGUGGUAGGAUUGGAGAUUCAUGCCCAGAUUGCCUCCAACUCCAAACUCUUUUCUGGAUCUCAAGUCCGCUUUGCAGCUCCUCCCAAUUCUUUGGUAUCUUUUUUUGAUGCAUCUCUACCUGGAACUUUGCCGGUCCUCAACAGGCGGUGCGUGGAGGCGGCCGUGAUGACUGGCCUGGCCCUGGACUGUCACAUCAACAGGAAGUCCUUGUUUGACCGGAAGCACUACUUCUAUGCAGACCUCCCUGCGGGCUACCAGAUUACCCAGCAGAGGCUCCCGAUCGCUGUGAAUGGGAGCUUGGCGUACAGCGUCUGUGUGGGGAGGAAGCCAAGUCAGAUGGUCACCAGGACCGUGAGGGUGAAGCAGAUCCAGCUGGAGCAGGACAGCGGCAAAAGCCUGCAGGACGACCUGCGGUCCCAGACGCUCAUUGACCUGAACAGGGCAGGGAUCGGCCUCCUGGAAGUGGUCCUGGAGCCUGACAUGUCCUGUGGAGAAGAGGCGGCCACAGCUGUCAGGGAGCUGCAGCUGAUUCUUCAGGCCUUGGGGACCAGCCAGGCGAACAUGGCAGAGGGCCAGUUAAGAGUGGAUGCCAAUAUAUCUGUGCAUCGCCCUGGGGAGCCUUUGGGCGUUCGAACCGAAGUGAAGAAUCUCAACAGUGCCCGAUUUUUGGCCAAAGCUAUAGACUAUGAAAUUCAGAGGCAAAUCAAUGAACUCGAGAAUGGAGGUGAAAUUCUGAAUGAAACUCGCUCAUUUGAUUACAAGCUUGGGUGCACCGUGCCGAUGAGAGACAAAGAAGGAAAACAAGACUACAGGUUCAUGCCAGAGCCCAACCUGCCCCCGCUGCUGCUCUACGACUCCGGCUCCCUCCCCUCCGGCGCAGACCCGCAGCAGGUGAUCAACGUGGACCAGCUGAGGGCGCGGCUCCCCGAGCUGCCCCACGUGACCCGCGAGAGGCUCGUGCAAGAGUACGGGAUGCUGCCGCAGCACAGCUGCGCCCUGCUGAAUGAAGUUGGCCUACUGGAGUUCUUCCAACAUGUGAUCAAAGAAACUAGGGCAGAGCCAAAAAAAGUGACUAGUUGGGUCCUCAACACUUUUCUGGGCUUUUUAAAGCAACAGAACCUUGCCGUCAGUGAGAGUCCUGUCACGCCCUCCGCCCUGGCUGAGUUGCUGGACCUUCUGGACAGGAAGGCCAUCUCUUCAUCUGCAGCCAAGCAGGUGUUUGAGGAACUCUGGAGGAAUGAAGGCAAGACCCCAGCACAGAUCGUUGCCGAAAAGAAGCUGGAACUGCUGCAGGAUCCGGAGGCCCUGGAGCGGCUCUGCAGCUCCACGCUGGAGGCGCAUCCCGACGUGGUAAUGGAUCUAAAGAAGGGAAACCCCAGAGCUAUAAACAAACUGAUCGGGUUGGUCCGAAAAGCGACUCUGGGCCGAGCAGAUCCGACAGCGAUCAAGGAGGUGCUGGAGAGGCAGCUGUCGUCCUGA